GGGAAAAACGAUCGUGAUUCUAAUCUAUUUUCAAUCAGAACCAUAUAUUUUCAGUGAACAAUCUACGUGUUAUUUAAACAUUCUGCUUGUGUGCUCGUUUCUUUUGUUCAAACUCCCUAUUUUUUCCUGCAUCCGAUAUACUACGCCAAAACAAAAUGAAGAAAAAGGUGCUCCUGAUGGGAAAGAGCGGAUCUGGCAAGACCAGUAUGCGAUCGAUUAUCUUCGCCAACUACAUCGCCAGGGACACACGAAGGCUGGGAGCUACAAUCGAUGUCGAACACUCACAUGUACGUUUCUUGGGCAACCUCGUGCUCAAUCUGUGGGACUGUGGCGGCCAGGAAUCGUUCAUGGAGCAGUACUUCGCCUCACAGAAGGACAACAUUUUCCGGAACGUGGAGGUGUUGAUAUACGUGUUCGAUGUGGAAAGCCGUGAGCUGGACAAGGAUAUGCACUACUACCAGUCCUGCCUGGAGGCACUGCUCGUGAAUUCGCCGAAUGCGAAAAUCUUCUGCCUCGUGCACAAGAUGGAUUUGGUCGCGGAGGAGCAGCGUGACAUAAUUUUCAAGGAGCGUGAGGAAGAUUUGAAGCGUUGUUCGCGACCUUUGGAAUGUACGGCUUUCCGAACGAGUAUCUGGGACGAAACACUGUAUCGGGCGUGGAGUAGCAUCGUUUACCAACUGAUACCGAACGUUAAGGCCCUCGAACAUUCGCUGAACUACUUCGCAAACGUUGUGGACGCUGAUGAGGUGCUGCUGUUUGAACGGGCAACAUUUUUGGUAAUUUCACACUGCCAGCGAAAGCAGCACCGAGACAGCCAUCGGUUCGAGAAGGUGUCCAACAUUAUCAAACAGUUUAAACUGUCCUGUUCGAAGCUAGGUGCAAAGUUCUCCUCAAUGGAGGUGCGCAACAGUGUGUUUGCGGCCUUUAUAGACACGUUCACCAGCAAUACGUACGUGAUGGUGGUGAUGUCCGAUCCAUCGAUACCGUCUGAGGCAACGUUGAUUAACAUUCGAAACGCACGCAAGUACUUUGAAGAGUUGGAAAAUCCAAACAGUACCACAGGUGGUAGCCAUGGAAACAGCCACCAUCUGCAUCACGCAGCGAUUAACCAUGGUGGUCACGGGUUGGUAAACGGUGGUACACAUCCGAAUCAUUAUGCUGGAAGUGGUGGAGGCUAUCACCAGUACGCUGGACAGCCGCAGCAGCAGCAACAGCAGCUCUACCAACAACAGCAGGCUCCUCACCUAACGCAAUAUCAAACCUACCACCAUAAUACGACAACGAACGCUUAUCACUGAUACCUGUACCGGAAGAAGUAUUACUACUUCCGGUAAGCAAAACGAAUACUAGGACGUGAUCUUCCAGUAGCCUGAUGCCGUGUUCCCUUCGCGGUCAUUCGUUUAAAACUUUUGGUCAGGGAAACACACGCGUAACGUACCGAUUCCAGACCCGGUCGAAUGUUCGAUGGCAAAUUAGGAAGAGCAAACUUCACAACUAAGUCAGAAGCUGGUAACUUCUCUACUCACGUGAUCAGCAGAAUAUCGGCAAGUUUUUCGUUUUUGUUUGUUUUGUUUGUUAGUUUUCCCUUACCCAGUUUCCAACUGAUAGGCAUCGCUACUCUAGCCUUGCGGAACGUUCCACAACUCUUGUUGAAUACUGUGUUCCUGGUAAUCUUGUUGUUGACGAUAUUAGUCAUUUGCGAAGCGUAUGAUCGUGUGUGUGUUUGUUUGUUUUUUAUUACUUUAUAAGGAUUACUGAAGAUCCAAUCGUUUUAUGAAGGUGUUAUAAAUACAUAUUUGCUGAAUUAGCUCCUGCUCGCCAUAUAUAUCCCUUAGUCUAUUGAGCGAUUAAAUCAAAUCCUUCCCGUUGGUGAAUGUGUGCAAUGAUGAGUCGCCGCGGUUUCGUUAGCAACGCAUCAUUUGCCUGCGAGUGUCUUUGGUUUUUGGCAACGCGAAAGUUAAAAAUUAUCCCAUUUAACUUUCGACCAGUACGACAGUUUAAAAAACGUCUAUUCUCGACAAUGUCUCGGAAUUCCUCAAUCACAUGGACCAAAAUAUCCUCCACUUUCCCUCCAUAAAAUCUAAUGCCGACGACGAAAAGGUGGAAGAGGUGUGGAUCGAGGCAGUGGCCAGAACCUGGAGUAAAUAGAUACAAUAACCCGAACAAACCGUAUAAUCAGCGGUACGUAAAAUUGUAUAAAUGCUGGAAUAUAGUGUAGAGAUGAAAAUAUCCAGUAAAUGUUAUUAAUAAAUAAUGGAGCAAACAUAAAAGAAGGAAAAGGCAGAGCAGAGAAGCUAGAUGUAAACAGUAAAACAAAGCCAAACUGCAGAGAGAGGGUUUACGAAUAAAACAUUAUUGAUGCAAUAAAUGGGUUUUUGAUAUAUUA